AUGGCUGGUCGAUACAACGAAUCUUUCAGCUCUUUGCCUGUGGAUUUCACAUCAUAUCCAUCACCUGUGACCUCUCAAUAUCCGAACUAUCAAUAUCAGAGUGGCACUCAAGGGUAUAGCAUGCAACACAGCCAAGGAGAGCCGGCUAUUCCCUAUCAUGAAUAUGGCCAAACAGCCAGUGUAUACCAAGAGAAUGAUCAAAGAGACAACCUGUCCCGAAAUAGUGGUUUUUCUCUUGACACUCUAUACAGCCAGGGCACGGCGUUUCCUCUUCCUCAUGGAGUUGGUCAAACGAGCCUCUCCUUCUGCCCCCAAUAUAACCAUGGCAGUUAUAUGGGUAAUGUGCCUUAUGACCAGGGCCCGAUAAACCCUUCUCAGGAUGUAUUUGGUCAAGUAGUUACCCCUAUCCGCCAACAUACUUUUAUGCCACAGGAAAACAACAACCAUCCAAGAUGCCAGUUCAAUACAACUCCGCAGAGGUAUGUACAUUACCACAAUCCUCUGUAUGGAUUCUCUCCCGAUGCACAGAGCGGCGCUUCGUUCAACAAUACUGCCAGCCCACUUAUUAAUUCAACUGUGUCGGCUCCUGCCAACUCAAUGCGACCUGAAUACAAAACACCUCCGCGUUUAGUAACACCAGGCGCAUCUAAUUCAUAUGGAGAGUGUCUUAUGACGCUUUCCAAUCAAUAUCCAUUAGGAGUCCAAGUUAAUAAUGGAUUUGGCCAAAUCUUGGCGAACACCCCAGUCCCACGCACACCACAGUCGACUCCGGCAGGGCUAUCGGAUAGAAUUCAUAAUGCCACUCCUGAUAAUAACUAUAUUACCAUCAAGCGAAAACCGGCAAUGAGACCCAAGAAUGAUCCAAUUCAUGCAGAAGAUGUAAUGCAUGGAUCAAUUGUAUGGUUAUCCAAGCAUCAAGGUUGGCAUGAGCCCAUCAUAUGCGUCCAGAACCAUGAGUGCAAUGACAAGGUCAAAGAAAUUGAUGGCCAUAACCAUCCAGUCAUGAUUUUGAGAAUCAAUCAACGACAUGGUUCGGACAUCAUUGGAGAUAUUGUGCUCGACAUCGCAAUCAUGACAACCCUCUGUGGUCUCAGCCUUCAUGGAUAUGUCCAGAAGUUGCGCACCCUCGGUCCCGAUACAUCAAAACAAUGGUAUCUUCAAGAAACCAUGCCAUUGUCUCAACAUAGGUCGCCUAGCGACGUUGCAGCGGUCGCCUUGACGUUAGCUGAGGUGGCGAGUGAGGGAAGUUUUGACGAAAAAACGCUGGGUAGCUAG